AUGUUUUUGCGUAAAAUUUUAAAUAUUACAUUUCUUCUUUCUACUAUAAACAACACAAUUCGUCGCUUCCAAGCUCUGCCUAAUUGUCGUGAUAUAACAUUUAGAUUCUAUGAGCGUGUGUACAAGGGCAGUGUAGAGAAGGCAAUGCCGUUUAACAUUUUCAAGCAAAAUUUGGAAUAUAUUGAAUCUGUGAACAGCGAAGGGCCACCUUACAAGUUAGGUCUUAACGCAUUUGCAGACCUCACCAAUGAGGAAUUUCGAGCCUCUAAGAAUGGUUAUAAAAGAAGCUUAAUCUCUUCUGGCACAAAAUCAUUUAGGUACGAAAAUGUGACUGCUGUGCCGUCAACCAUGGAUUGGAGAAAGAAAGGAGCAGUCACACCAGUCAAGGACCAAGGCCAAUGUGGAUGCUGCUGGGCUUUUUCUGCGGUGGCAGCCAUGGAAGGAAUUAACCAGCUCACAACAGGGAAGUUGACAUCUCUGUCAGAGCAAGAGCUGGUUGACUGUGAUGUAAAUGGUGAAGACCAAGGCUGUGCGGGAGGUCUCAUGGAUAGUGCCUUCGAAUUCAUUAUAAAAAACAAAGGUCUCGCCACUGAAGCCAAGUACCCCUACCGGGGAGUUGAUGGAACUUGCAGAAAAAGCAAAGCAUCUCUUUCUGCAGCAACGAUCACUGGUUAUGAAGAUGUCACCACCAACAGUGAGGUAGAUCUCCUGAAGGCGGUGGCAAAGCAGCCAGUGUCUGUUGCCAUUGAUGCUGGUGGCUCAGACUUCCAACUGUACUCAAGUGGAGUCUUCACAGGCCAGUGUGGAACCCAGCUAGACCGUGGUGUCACUGCAGUUGGCUAUAGAACUGCCGAUGAUGGCCCCAAAUAUUGGCUUGUGAAGAAUUCAUGGGGCACCAGCUGGGGAGAAAGCGGCUACAUCAGGAUGCAAAGAGAUGCGGAUGCUCCGGAAGGUCUCUGUGGCAUUGCCAUGGAAGCAUCUUACCCAACUGCUUAAUUCAUUAAUAGCACUUGGAGAAUUAUGUAUCGUCAUCAUCAUCA